AUUUUUCGUCUUCCCUAUCAACGUAGAUGCUGUCUAGCAUCCGCCGCUUUCUCACUUCCAAAUUACCUGGAAAAUCUACUUCGACGCCUCAGGUACUUCUGCAUCCUGCCCGAGAAGGAGAUGUUCUCAACAACCAAUAUUCCAUCACACGCGGGUUGGGUGAAGGCUUUGGAACUCGCUCCACCAUUUGGCUCUCUAAAGACGCCGUAACUGGACACGACGUCGUCCUCAAAAUUACAGGUGCAGACUCGACGGAUGCAGGAAAAUACUCCCAGUUGGAAGUUUCUUUUCUCCAGAAAGUCCGCGAAGCGAGAGGAGCCAAUGAACAGCAGCACGUAAUUCGAAUGCUCGACAACUUCUCGCUUUCCAGCUCUUUUGGUACUCAUAGCUGCCUUGUUCUCGAGGUCCUUAGCAUGUCCUUAGAAGAGCUGACGCGCAAGACGCUGCCGAACAAGUUUCCCAUACCUAUGUGCAAACAAAUCAUCAAACAGUUACUUCUCGGCUUGGACUUUCUUCAUCGUGAAUGCGGCAUAGUUCAUACUGACCUGAAGUUAGACAAUCUGCUCUUGCGCAUGGAGGACACCAAAGGUAUAAGUUUACCGGGAGCCUCUGAAUCACCUGCAAUCGACUUAUCCCGCGUCUCUCUCGGACCAUCAGCAGUCGUCAUAAGUGACCUUGGCGUCGCUAGCAAAAUAGAAAGUCCCUUCAACGGAGUCAUACGACCAUAUGCCUCACGUGCGCCAGAGAUUUAUCUCGGCAUUCCCUAUGGUCCGCCUGCUGACAUAUGGAACUUGGGUUGCCUCGUACGUUCUAAUGUGUUUUCUCGUGACGUAUUGCUGGCUCUUCAAUCCCCAGCGACAUCCCGAUGGUCCCGAGACGACGAUAUGAGUGGGCAGAUGCUUUCCGUCAACGGACUUACAACGUUCUCAGUCGACGUUCUGGCCCGCGGGAGGUUCAGUCUCCCAGUAUUUCGACACCACCGUCCAGGAAAAUUCCUGAAAUACAAUAUCAUACCAACUGAUCUGAGAACAAUGGUUCAAACACGAUUUCCCUUGAACCCUGAGGACGAGCCGGACCUCUUCGCUGAUAUGUUAUCUCGCAUGCUUCGACUUCGUCCCGAAGACCGAGAGUCCGCUAAGGAACUGCUCAGUCAUCCUUGGCUGCAAGAUGUUUAA